AUGCCCUGCCUUCGCGUGUUUACCAAUGUUGAUGCUGACAAAUCCACUCUGAAUGCCUUCUUAAAGGAGGCUUCCGCCAUGGUUGCUAAGGAGCUCAGAAAGCCUGAGAGGUACGAUCUGGCUAUGUCUUUGUAUUAUCCCUUAGUUAUGUAACUGUUUCCUGUAUUGCAAAUCAGGCUAUGCUGUGGGGAGGAGUCGAUGUCCCUUGUGCUCAGAUUUACCUCAUGAGUCUUGGCGGACUGAACGAGAACGUGAAUUCUAACAUUUCCAAGAAGCUUGCUGCUCUCCUGAAGAAGCACUUCCAGAUUGAGUCUGAUCACUACUAUAUCCACUUCAUUGAGGCGGAGGGAUACAUGAUUGGAUAUGACGGUGCCACUUUCUA